CUUGGAUCCUGUGCCCUGAACAAGUGAGUUCUUCUGUGUUACAUCUACUGUCAUCCAACCCUGUUUUGACGCUUUUGACCGCUGAUUUAUUACUUGUGCCGCUGCUUUAGUGUUCCUCUGUGCCGAACGUCCAGAAUGCCAGGCGAAGCCACAGAAACUGUCCCUGUUACAGAGCAGGAGAUGCAGCAGCCCCAGGCUGAGACGGCCACACCUGCUGCUGCGGCCCCUGCUCCCUCUCAGGCAAAGCCUAAAGAGGGCAAAACUAACCCCAAGCUGUCCUCUUCUCCUCACACCACCGCUCCUAAGCCAGUUCCUGCUGGACGCAGGAAACGCUCUUCUCUUUCUGCCUCUUCAAGCUCCCCUACCUCUCCUAAAUCUGCCUCUGGCCCUCGUGCUACCCCUCCAUGCUCCCCUUUGGCUGACUGUCCUGCAGCUAGGGAAGCUGAGCAGACUGCUCCCAAGGUGGUAAAGGCUGGCAAACAAGGGAAGCAAGAGAAAGCAAAGAAUUUUAAACCUGCUGAACCUGAGCAAGCAACUCCCACUGCCUCUAAGCCUGCUCAGGCUCCUGCAGCAGUUGCAGCUGUGCCAUCUCUUGCUAUACCAGUACCAGAGGUAGCAAAAUCAGCAGGAGAUGGAAAUGCUUCCCCUGUCUCUCCCAAAGUUGCUGUGGCUCCUGUUGCCUUUAAAGUAACGUCUAAAUCUGCUGCCCCAGCACCAAAGUCAUUUACAGAAGCUGUGGUCUCCAGUCCACCCAAAGCAGCUGAAGCCCCCAAGGUUGCCUCUGAAGCUCCAAAAGUAGCAACCCCUGCUGUUUCAGAAUCCAAGACUCCUCUGCCUGUAAAAGCAGCUGCUAAGCCUAGCCCUGCCCAAAUGCCAAAUGUGAAACCAGCCACUGCUACUCCUCCAAAACCUGCUCCUGCAGCAUUAGAGGAUGAUGAUCUCCCACCUCUCUUACCACCUGAGAAUCCUUUUUCAAUGCCUGCUUUCCCCCCUAUGCCACCUAGUACAAUGCCUGUUGUUACCCCAGCAGCUCCUAAUGCAGGAUCUGUCUCUACCAGUAAAGUUGAAUCUGCCCCUAAAGCUAAGCAAGCCCCUAAAGCUAAGCAAGCUCCUAAAGCUGAACACAAAGCACCACCUGCCCUUAAAGUUGAGGCUGCUCCCGCCCCUAAAGCUCAGGCUGUCCCUAAAGUUGAGGCUGCUCCCGCCCCUAAAGUUGAGGCUGCUCCCGCCCCUAAAGUUGAGGCUGCUCCCGCCCCUAAAGCUGAGGCUCCUCCCGCACCUAAAGCUCAGGCUCCUCCCGCACCUAAAGCUCAGGCUCCUCCCGCACCUAAAGCUCAGGCUCCUCCCGCACCUAAAGCUCAGGCUCCUCCCGCACCUAAAGCUCAGGCUGCUCCCGCCCCUAAAGCUGAGGCUGCUCCCGCACCUAAAGCUCAGGCUGCUCCCGCCCCUAAAGUUGAGGCUGCUCCAGCACCUAAAGCUCAGGCUGCCCCUAAAGUUGAGGCUGCUCCAGCACCUAAAGCUCAGGCUGCUCCUAAAGUUGAGGCUGCUCCCGCACCUAAAGCUCAGGCUGCCCCUAAAGUUGAGGCUCCUCCCGCACCUAAAGCUCAGGCUGCCCCUAAAGUUGAGGCUCCUCCCGCACCUAAAGCUCAGGCUGCCCCUAAAGUUGAGGCUCCUCCCGCACCUAAAGCUCAGGCUGCCCCUAAAGUUGAGGCUCCUCCCGCACCUAAAGCUCAGGCUGCCCCUAAAGUUGAGGCUCCUCCCGCACCUAAAGCUCAGGCUGCCCCUAAAGUUGAGGCUUCUCCCGCACCUAAAGCUCAGGCUGCCCCUAAAGCUGAGGCUCCUCCUGCACCUAAAGCUCAGGCUGCCCCUAAAGUUGAGGCUCCUCCCGCACCUAAAGCUCAGGCUGCCCCUAAAGCUCAGGCUACUCCUGCACCUAAAGCUCAGGCUGCUCCCGUCCCUAAAGCUGAGGCUGCUCCAGCCCCUAAAGUUGAGGCUGCUCCCGCCCCUAAAGUUGAGGCUGCUCCCGCACCUAAAGCUCAGGCUGCUCCUAAAGUUGAGGCUGCUCCCGCCCCUAAAGCUCAGGCUGCCCCUAAGGUUGAGGCUGCUCCCGCUCCUAAAGCUCAGGCUGCCCCUAAAGUUGAGGCUGCUCCCGCCCCUAAAGCUCAGGCUGCCCCUAAAGUUGAGGCUGCUCCCGCCCCUAAAGCUCAGGCUGCCCCUAAAGUUGAGGCUGCUCCCGCCCCUAAAGCUCAGGCUGCCCCUAAAGUUGAUGCUGCUCCUGCACCUAAAAAUAAGUCUUCCCCUAGCCCUAAAGCUGAGCCUGUUCCUGCUCCUAAAGUUGAGACUGCGCCCAAAGCUGAUUCUGCUCCUACCACUAAGGUUGAAGCUGCUCCUGCUGCUAAAGCUAAGCCUGUCGCUGCUCCUAAAGUGGAGGUGGUGGCUUCUAAAGACAAGCCUGCUCCUGUCCCUAAAUCUGAGGUCGGUGCUCCUAUCCCUAAAGCUGAGUCUGUCCCUGCUUCUAAAACUGAGGCUGCUCCUAAAGGCAAGCUUACGCCUAAAGCAAAGGCUGCUGCUCCUGCUCCUAAAGCUGAGGCUGCUCCUAAAGGCAAGCCUGCCCCUAAAGUUAAGCCUGUUCUUACGUCUCAAGUUGAAGCUGCUGCUUCAAAAGUUAAGUCUGCUGCAGCCCCUAAAGUUAAACCCACCUCUGCCCCUAAAGUUGAUACUGCCCCUACCCUUAAAACUGAACCUGUCCUUUUCACUAAAGUUGAGCCAGCCCCUGUUCCCAAACCUGUUAAAGCACCAUCCAUACUGGAUCCAGUCAUCAAGAACGACAAGGGGUCUGGCACUGAAUCUGACAGUGACGAAUCUGUUCCUGAACUGGAGGAGCAGGACUCUGCACAGACACAAACACAGCAGGCACAGCUUGCAGCUGCAGCUGAAAUUGAUGAGGAACCAGUCAGCAAAGCAAAACAAAGCAGGAGUGAGAAGAAAGCGAGAAAGGCCAUGUCCAAAUUGGGGUUGAGACAAGUUGCUGGUGUUACCAGAGUAACCAUUCGCAAGUCCAAGAACAUUCUCUUUGUCAUCACUAAACCAGAUGUCUACAAAAGUCCAGCUUCAGAUACUUACAUUGUCUUUGGCGAGGCCAAGAUUGAAGAUCUGUCCCAGCAAGCUCAGUUAGCAGCCGCAGAGAAGUUCAAGGUACAAGGAGAAGCAGUUUCAAACAUCCAGGAAAACACACAGACGCCGACAGUACAGGAGGAGAGCGAAGAGGAAGAGGUUGAUGAGACCGGAGUGGAGGUCAAGGACAUUGAGCUGGUCAUGUCACAGGCCAAUGUAUCCAGGGCAAAGGCUGUGCGUGCACUGAAAAAUAACAAUAAUGACAUUGUCAAUGCUAUUAUGGAAUUGAUGAUGUAGAUGGAGAUCAGGGACUGGGUCACAUUAAGAUGUUGCUGAUUUGAUCUACACUAUUGUUUGUACAAUUUAUACCCAAGAGAAAUAAAGGCGUGGCUUGAUGAAAUUA